AUGCCGGCCGCGCGGCUCUUGCGGCUGCUGAUGGCCAUCUCCACGGCCGCGACCGUGACUGGCUCACUUGAGCCCGCGCUGCCCCCUAGAGCGGGGGACGCCACCUUGGCCUUCGUCUUCGACGUCACCGGCUCCAUGUGGGACGACUUGAUGCAGGUGAUCGACGGCGCCUCGCGCAUUCUGGAGCGCAGUGUGAGCAGCCGCAGCGAGGCCAUCAGCAACUAUGCUCUGGUGCCCUUCCACGACCCAGAUAUUGGCCCAGUGACCCUCACGGCGGACCCAGCAGUGUUUCAGAGAGAGCUGAGGGAACUUUAUGUACAGGGAGGUGGUGAUUGUCCAGAGAUGAGUGUAGGAGCCAUCAAGGCUGCUGUGGAGGUCGCCAACCCAGGCUCCUUCAUCUUCGUCUUCUCUGAUGCCCGAGCCAAGGACUAUCACAAGAAGGAGGAAGUGUUGCAUCUCCUGCAGCUUAAACAGUCGCAGGUGGUUUUUGUGCUGACUGGAGAUUGUGGAGACCGCACUCAUCCGGGCUACCUGGUCUUUGAGGAUAUUGCUGUCACCAGCUCUGGACAGGUGUUCCACCUGGAUAAGCAGCAAGUGACUGAGGUGCUGAAGUGGGUGGAGUCAGCGAUCCAGGCCUCUAAGGUGCACCUGCUGUCCACAGACCAUGAGAAGGAGGGCGAGCACAUGUGGAGGAUCCCCUUUGACUCUAGUCUGAAGGAGGUCACUGUCUCCUUGAGUGGGCCAGGGCCUGAGAUCGAAGUCCGUGAUCCGCUGGGGAGGAUCCUACAGAAGGAUGAGGGUCUCAACAUGCUCCUCAAUAUCCCCGACUCGGCCAAAGUGGUGGCCUUUAAGCCUGAGCAUCCUGGGCUGUGGUCCAUCAAGGUCUACAGCAGCGGCCGUCACUCUGUGAGGAUCACAGGCAUCAGCAACAUCGACUUCCGAGCCGGUUUCUCUACUCAACCCUCUUUGGACCUCAAUCACACCAUUGAGUGGCCCUUACAAGGAGUGCCCAUCUCCCUGGUGAUAAACUCCACGGGCCUGCAGGCACCAGGCCGUCUAGACUCGGUAGAGCUCGCCCACAGCUCAGGACGGUCCCUCCUGACUUUUCCCACAAAGCUCCUCUCCAAUGAAUCUACCCAUCAGUUGUGGGGUGGGCCAUCCUUCCAAGCCCCCCAGGAACGUUUCUACCUCAAGGUGAAGGGCGAGGACCAUGAGGGAAACCCACUCCUUCGUGUCUCUGGAGUUGCGUACAGUGGGGUGGCUCCAGGCACCCCAUUGGUCAGCAUGCCCCCCAGGAUCCACGGCUACCUACAGCAGCCCCUGCUUGUUUCCUGCUCUGUGCAUAGCGCCCUCCCCUUCAAGUUGCAGCUACUGCGAGAUGGAACCAAGCUUGGCGAGGAGCGGCACUUCCAGGCAUCAGGAAACAGCAGCUGGGAGAUCCCACGGGCCUCCAAGGGUGAGGAGGGGACAUAUGAAUGCACGGCAGUCAGCAGGGCUGGGACUGGACGAGCAAAGGCCCAGGUUGUCAUCACAGAUCCCCCACCACAGCUGGUCCCUACCCCCAACGUGACUGUGUCACCAGGGGAGACUGCCACCCUGUCCUGCCAAGUCCUCGGUGAGGCACCCUACAACUUGACUUGGAUUCGGGACUGGCGGGUUCUGCCAGCCUCUGUGGGCCGAGUCACCCAACUGGCUGACCUAUCCCUGGAGAUCAGUGACAUCGUUCCUAGUGAUGGCGGAAGGUACCAGUGUGUGGCCAGCAAUGCCAAUGGGGUCACAAGGGCAUCCGUCUGGCUUCUGGUGAGAGAGGCCCCACAGGUCAGCAUCCACACCAGGUCCCAGCGUUUCUCUCAGGGUGUGGAGGUGAGGGUCAGCUGCUCAGCCUCUGGGUACCCCACACCCCACAUCUCCUGGAGCCGAGAAGGCCAUGCCCUGACAGAGGACAGCAGAGUCCUUGUGGAUGCCCAGGGAACACUGAUCAUUCAGGGAGUGGCUCCUGAAGAUGCUGGGAAUUACAGCUGCCAGGCUGCUAAUGAAGUUGGCACAGACAAGAAGACUGUCACUCUGUACUACACAGACCCACCAUCAGUCUCUGCUGUCAGUGCUGUGGUGCUCGCUGCCGUUGGGGAGGAGGCUGUGCUGGAGUGUGAGGCAUCGGGGACGCCUCUGCCCCGGGUCAUCUGGUACCGAGGGCGUCAUGAAAUGAUUCUGGCCCCGGAGGACCUCAGCUCCGGGAUGCUGCGGAUCCGGGCAACUCAGGAGAGGGAUGCUGGUGUCUAUACCUGCCGAGCUGUCAAUGAGUUGGGAGAUGCCUCUGCACAGAUCCGUCUGGAGGUUGGAUAUGCACCCCGGCUGAUGGAGCUGCCACGGGAUGUUACCGUGGAGCUGGGGAGAAGCGCCCUCCUGGUGUGCCGGGCCACAGGCCGCCCACCCCCAACAGUCACCUGGCACAGAAGAGAUGGUCAGCCGCUAGGGCGUGGCAGCCGGACUGGGCAGUCAGAUCCAGGAGUGCUAUUCUUUGAAAAAGUAGCCUCUGAAGACCAGACCUCAUAUAUCUGUGAAGCUCGAAAUGUUUUUGGGAAGGUGCAGGCAGAGGCCCAGCUCAUUGUCACCGGACAUGCUGCCCCGCAGAUUGCCAGCAGUGCCUCCAAGGUCCGAGUCCUAGAGGGGCAGCCCGUGUCUCUGCCAUGUAUCAUCCUUGCAGGGAGGCCCCUUCCAGAGAGGCGCUGGCUGAAAGCUGGCCAGCCUCUCCCAUCUGGCAGCCGGCAAUCUGUCCGAGCAGACGGUAGCCUCCACCUUGACCGGGUGCUGCAGGAGGAUGCAGGGAGGUACCGCUGUGUACUCACCAACACGGCUGGCUCUCAGCAGCGGGACAUGGAACUGGUGGUCCAGGUGCCACCUAGAAUCCAGCCCACUGCCACCCAUCACAUCACCAAUGAAGGCGUUCCAGCUGCUCUUCCCUGCGUGGCCUUGGGAGUUCCCACCCCAACCAUUACCUGGACCAAGGAAACCAAUGCCCUGACCUCCAGGGAUCCACACUACAAUGUGAGUAAGGACGGCACUCUGGUCAUCACCCGGCCGUCUGCCCAGGAUACAGGGGCCUAUGUCUGCACAGCUACCAAUACUGUGGGCUUCUCCAGCCAGGAGAUGUGGCUGUCUGUGAACACCAAACCCAAGAUUCAUGUGAACGGGUCUCAAGGUAUAGACAGGCCCCUGAGAGUCACGGCUAAAGCUGGUGAAGAGGUGACCCUGGACUGCAAGGCCCAAGGCUCCCCAUCCCCACUGGUCACCUGGAUGAAGAACUCUCACCCCAUGUUGCUCAUCCCAGACAGGCAUGGCCUCCUCCCGUCCGGUUCCCUACGUCUGACCCAGGCACAGGUCAGUGACAGCGGCCGGUACCAGUGCACGGCUAGCAACCCCGCUGGCUCUGCCUCCCGCCGAUACAUCCUCAGUGUGCAAGCCCCACCUCAGGUGCAGCUGGGUCCUCGCAUGCUGAAGGUCCUUACCGGAGAAGCCCUGGAUCUGAACUGCGUGGCUGAGGGCAACCCGGAGCCCCGGCUGAGCUGGUCCAAGGACGGGGUAGCUUUGCGGGGCCGGGCCCCCAAGGGCUCUGUUCACUUUGCAGCCAUCAAGGCCUCUGACGCCGGGGUGUACCGCUGUGAGGCCACCAACAGCGCCGGAGUGGAUUCAUGGGAGCUGGAACUCAGAGUGCUGGAGCCACCACACUGGGGGGCCGAUGAGACUAGCGGCCUGCUGGAGAGAGUGGCCGGAGAGAACGCCAGCCUGCUGUGCCCAGUCAGAGGCACACCUAAGCCACAGGUGACGUGGCGGAAGGGCCUGUCCUCGGAGCCCCUGCGUGGCCGGCCUGGUGUGGUGGUGCUGGAUGAAGGGUCUCUGUUCCUGGCCUCAGUCUCUCCCAGUGACAGUGGGGACUACGAAUGCCAGGCCACCAAUGAGGCAGGCUCUGCGUCCAGGAGGGCCAAGCUGAUAGUCUAUGUGCCCCCCAGCAUCCAGGAGGACGCACGCAAGGCCAAUGUGUCAGGCAUGGUCGGGCAGUCACUGACGCUGGAGUGUGAUGCCCAUGGCUUCCCCACCCCCGAGAUCAAAUGGCUCAAGGAUGGACAGCUGGUGGGUGACCCCUGGGGGCGGGGCUGGGAUGGGACUCAGGCUGGCAGCCACCACCUCCUGGAUGGGGCCCUCCACUUCCCCAGGGUCCAGGAGGGCGACUCUGGCCUCUACUCCUGCUGGGCAGAGAACCAGGCUGGGACUGUCCAGAGGGACUUCGAGCUCCUAGUGCUCACACCACCUUCUGUGCUUGGAGCUGGGCCCGCCCAGGAGGUGCUGGGCUUGGAAGAUGGAGAGGUAGAGCUGGAAUGCUGGACUUCAGGGGUCCCCAUGCCACAGGUGGAAUGGACCAAGGAUGGGCAACCCAUCCUUCUGGAAGACCCUCAUGUCCAGCUCCGGGAGGAUGGCCAGGUCCUCAGGAUCACCAGCAGCCACCUGGGGGACGAGGGGCGCUACCAGUGCGUGGCCUUCAGCCCCGCGGGCCAGCAAGCCAAGGACUUCCAGCUUAGAGUACAUUCACUCCCCACCAUCUGGGGCUCCAAUGAGACCAGUGAGGUGGCUGUCAUGGAGGACCACCCAGUACGGUUCCUGUGUGAAGCCCGGGGAGUCCCCACUCCUGACAUCGCCUGGUUUAAGGAUGGGGUCCCGCUCCCCAUCAGUGCCAAGGCAGUCUACAGCAGGGGUGGCCGGCAGCUGCAGCUGACGAAGGCCCAGGGCACAGAUGCUGGCAUGUACACCUGCAAGGCCAGCAAUGCUGCGGGGACAGCAGAGAAGGCUACCAAGCUGCAGGUGUAUGUCCCGCCCACCAUUGAAGGCGCUGAUGAAGGACCGCAUGUGGUGAAAGCCGUGGCUGGGAGACCUUUGGCACUGGAGUGUGUGGCUAAUGGUCGCCCACACCCCACACUCUCCUGGCACUAUGAGGGGCUACCUGUGGCAGAGAGCAAUUUGACCUGGCUGGAGGCGAGCGGUGCUCUGCAGCUGGAGAGCCUGGGAGAGGCGUCCGGAGGCCUAUACAGCUGUGUGGCCAGCAGCCCUGCCGGAGAGGCUGUGCUGCAGUAUUUGGUGGAGGUGCAGGUGCCUCCACAGCUCCUGGUAGCUGAAGGCUUGGGUCAGGUGACCACCAUCGUGGGACAGUCCCUGGACCUUCCCUGCCGGGCCUCAGGCUCCCCAGUGCCUACUAUCCGGUGGUUGCAGAAUGGCCGCCCCACUGAGGAGCUGGCUGGUGUGCAGGUGUCCUCGCAGGGCGACACGCUGCACAUCGACUAUGUGGAGCUGGCCCACUCGGGCCUUUUCGCCUGCCAGGCCACUAAUGAAGCGGGCACUGCUGGGGCAGAGGUAGAGGUGUCUGUGCACGGUGAGCAGGCAUCUGGGGCUCUGGUAGCUUCCAUCGGUUGACAUUAUCGGGGGUGAGAAUAUCACAGCUCCUUUCCUGCACCCUGUGACCCUCCAGUGCGUAGGGUCUGGAGUGCCUGCCCCAAGCCUCCGCUGGUGGAAGGAUGGAUUAGCCUUGGCAGCCUCAGGGGGCAACCUGAAGGUAUGUACAGGGGCAACUGGGCACAGAUUGAGAAAGUGGAUCUGAGGGAUGAAGGAGUCUACACUUGUGUCGCCACUAAUCUGGCUGGGGAGAGCACGAGGAACUUGGCAUUAAAGGUCUUGGUGCCCCCUAACAUCGAGCCAGGUCCACUGAACAAGGCAGUGCUGGAGAAUGCCUCGGUGACCCUGGAGUGUCUGGCUUCAGGCGUACCCUCUCCUGAUGUCUUUUGGUUCAAGGGUCACCAGCCUGUCUUUGCUCGGGCAGGAGCGAUGGUAUCAACUGAUGGGAGAGUUCUUCGCAUUGAACGAGCCCAGCUUUCUGAUGCUGGGAGCUAUCGCUGUGUGGCAUCCAAUGUUGCAGGCAGCACAGAGCUGCAGUAUGGCUUGCGGGUCAAUGUGCCUCCACAUAUCACGCUGCCGCCCAGAUUGCCAGGCCCCGUGCUUCUCAGCACUCCUGUUCGGCUGACCUGUAACGCCACUGGAGUCCCCAGCCCCACACUGAUAUGGCUGAAAGAUGGAAACCCCGUGUCUACUUCAGGAACAGCUGGCCUCCAGGUCUUCCCUGGUGGCCGGGUCCUCACCUUGGCCAGCGCCCGGGCCUCUGACUCUGGCAGUUACUCCUGCGUGGCUGUGAGCGCAGUGGGCGAGGACCGCCGAGACGUCGUUCUGCAAGUCCAUAUGCCCCCUAGCAUCCUGGGAGAAGAGCUGAAUGUGUCAGUCGUGGCCAAUGCGUCAGUGACCCUGGAGUGCCGGAGCCAUGCCAUGCCCCCUCCUGUGCUGAGCUGGUGGAAAGAUGGACACCCCCUCCAGCUGCGGCCUGGAGUGCACCUCUCCACAGACAAGGCCCUGCUGGAGGUGGACCAAGCAGAAGUGUGGGAUGCAGGCCGCUACACCUGUGAGGCACUGAACCAGGCAGGCCGCUCGGAGAAGCACUACAACCUGAACGUCUGGGUCCCUCCAGUGUUCCCCUCGGAGCAGCCCCAGACCCUGGCUGUGAUGGAGGGGCACUCUGCCAGGCUGUCCUGUGAGUGCCGGGGUGUCCCCUUCCCCAAGAUCUCCUGGAAGAAGGAUGGUCAGUCCCUGUCUGGUGAAGGGGCCAGCCUGGAGCAGGUGUCGGCUGUGGGGACGCUGCUGUACCUGGGGCAGGUCCAGCCCAGCCAGGAGGGCACCUACACCUGUGAAUGCAGCAAUGUGGCAGGAAACAGCAGCCAGGACCAGCAGCUGGAGGUGCAUGUUCCCCCUCAGAUCACCAGCCCCUGGGAACUCCACACACAGGUCUCUGUGGUCCAGGACAGGGAGACCACUCUGGAAUGCAAUGUCACAGGGAAGCCCCCACCAACGGUCACCUGGGAACGGGAUGGUCAACUGAUCAAGGACAAACCUGGCUUGCAGCUGCAGAACCAGGCUCAGAGUCUGCAUGUCACGGAGGCACAGGUUGCCCACGCCGGACACUACAGCUGCGUGGCCGAGAACGUGGCUGGGAGGGCUGAGAGAAGGUUUUCACUUGCCGUGCUGGUGCCCCCAGAGCUUGUUGGCGACUCAGACACACUGACCAAUGUCACCGCUGCCUUGCACAGCCCGUUGACAUUGCUCUGUGAAGCCACAGGCAUUCCUCCCCCGGAGGUCCGCUGGUUCCGAGGGGAGGACCCUAUCAGACCCAGGGAGGACACCUAUCUCUUAGCAGGUGGCUGGAUGCUGAAGAUGACUCAGGUGCAGCAGCAAGACAGAGGCCUUUACUCAUGCCUGGCAAGCAACGAGGCUGGGGAGGUGCAGAGGAACUUCAGUGUUGAGGUCCUUGUUCCUCCCAGUAUUGAGCAGGAAGACCAGGAGGAAGUGAUUAAGGUUCCCGAGGGGCAAACUGCCCACCUGAUGUGCAGUGCCACAGGCCACCCACAGCCCAAGGUUACGUGGUUCAAAGAUGGUCGGCUCCUGACUAGUGGAGAUGCCUACCAAAUCUCCACAGACGGAACCCUCCUGCAAGUCCUCCAGGCCAACCUGUCCAGCACUGGUCACUAUUCCUGUAUUGCAGCCAACACUGCAGGGGAGAGGACUAAGCACAUUCAACUUAGUGUCCAGGUAGCUCCCACCAUCCUGGGAGUGACCGAGGACAGUGCAGAUGAGGAGGUGACCGUUACCAUCAACAACCCCAUUUCACUGAUCUGCGAGACCCUGGCCUUCCCCUCCCCCACCAUCACCUGGAUGAAGGACGGGUCCCCAUUUGAGGUUUCCAAGAACAUCCAGCUGCUCCCAGGUACCCAUGGGCUGCAGAUUCUGAAUGCUCAGGAGGAAGAUGCAGGCCAGUACACCUGUGUGGUCACCAAUGAGCUUGGGGAGGCCAUGAAGAACUACCACGUGGAAGUCCUGAUCCCCCCUUCCAUCUCCAAAGACGACCCAUCGGGGGAGUUUGGCGUGAAGGAAGUAAAGACCAAGGUCAAUAGCACGUUGACCCUGGAGUGUGAGUGCUGGGCUAUGCCCCCACCCACAAUCAGCUGGUACAAGGACGGAAAGCCUGUAACCCCCCACGAGCGGCUGCACGUCUUGGGUGAAGGACGACUGCUCCAGAUCCAGUCCACGCAGGUCUCGGAUUCAGGGCGAUACCUGUGCCUGGCCACCAAUGUAGCUGGCGAGGACGACCAGCACUUCAAUGUGCUCAUCCAGGUGCCCCCCAUGUUCCAGAAGAUGGGUGAUACCAAUGCAGCCUUCAAGAUCCUGUCCCAGGAGGAGGAGGUCCGAGGUGGGGUGACAGAGUACAGGGAGAUUGUGGAGAACAACCCUGUCUACCUGUACUGUGACACCAAUGCUGUCCCACCCCCGGAGCUCACCUGGUACAGGGAAGACCAGCUUCUCUCAGCCACAGACAGCAUGUCUGUGCUGCAAGGGGGUCGAGUCUUACAGAUCCCUCUGGUGCGUGCGGAGGAUGCUGGGAGGUACUCCUGCAAGGCCUCCAAUGAGGUGGGCGAAGACUGGCUGCACUAUGAGCUGCUGGUGCUAACCCCACCUGUGAUCCUGGGUGACACAGAGGAACUGGUGGAGGAGGUGAUCGUCAAUGCCAGCAGCACCGUCAGCCUACAGUGCCCAGCCUUGGGCAGCCCCAUGCCCACCAUCUCAUGGCUCCAGAAUGGGCUGCCUUUCCCCCCGAGCCCACGGCUGCAGGUCCUGGAGGACGGACAAGUCUUGCAGGUUUCCACUACAGAGGUGGGUGAUGUCACCAGCUACAUGUGUGUGGCUGAGAACCAGGCUGGCUCCGCAGAGAAACUCUUUACCCUCAAGGUCCAAGUCCCACCACGAAUCACAGGCCUGACCUCAGAGAAGGUGACUGUCAUCCUCAACAGCAGCAUCUCCCUCCCCUGUGAGGUCCAUGCUCAACCGAGCCCCGAGGUCACAUGGUACAAGGACAACCGCGCCCUAACCCUGGGCGAAGAUAUCUUCCUCUUGCCUGGCACCCACACCUUGAAACUGGCGCGAGCACAGCCAUCGGAUUCUGGGACUUAUGUGUGUGAAGCCUUCAAUGCCGCUGGCCAAGACCAGAAGCUGGUGCAGCUUAGUGUGCUGGUUCCCCCCACAUUUAAGCAGACUUCCAGCGGCCCCCAGGACACAGUCCUGGUACCAUCUGGAGACAAAGCUGUCCUGAACUGUGAGACAGACUCUCUCCCUGAGCCUGAUGUGACCUGGUACAAAGAUGGGCAGCCCCUGGUCCUGACACAGCGGUCCCAGACUCUGCUGGGUGGCCAGAGACUGGAGAUCCUGGACACCCAGGUGUCAGAUAAAGGUUUAUACAGCUGUAAAGUCAGCAAUGUGGCUGGAGAUGCCAUGCGGACCUUCAUCCUCACCAUCCAGGUGCCCCCAAUGUUUGAGAACCCUAAGAUGGAGACAGUGAGCCAGGUGGCUGGAAGCCCUCUGGUCCUGACCUGUGAUGUGACUGGAGUCCCUGCACCCACUGUUACGUGGCUGAAGGACAAAAUGCCUGUUGAGAGCAGUGUGGCCCAGGGCGUGGUCUCCCGAGGGGGCCGCCUCCAGCUGAGUCGCUUACAGCCAGCUCAGGGUGGCACCUACACAUGUGUGGCUGAGAAUGCUGAGGCUGAGGCCCGCAAGGACUUCCUGGUGGCUGUGCUAGUGGCCCCCUGGAUCCGGAGCUCAGGCACCGCCCAGGAGCACAAUGUCUUAGAGGGGCAGGAGGUGCGACUAGACUGCGAAGCCGAGGGCCAGCCACCUCCAGAUGUGACCUGGCUAAAGGACGGUGGGCCAUUGGACCAGGGUGUGAGUCCCCACCUCCGAUUCUACCUGGAUGGCAGCUCCCUGGUGCUGAAGGAUCUGAGGGCCUCAGACUCUGGUGCCUAUACCUGUGUGGCCCACAACCCUGCUGGGGAGGACGCCAGACUGCACACUGUGCACGUGCUGGUCCCACCCACCAUCAAGCAGGGAGCAGACAGCACUGGAACCCUAGUGAGCAGACCUGGGGAGCUGGUGACCAUGGCGUGCCCCGUCCGGGGCUCCCCACCCAUCCACGUGAGCUGGCUCAAGGACGGCCUGCCCCUCCCGCUAUCCCAGCGCACACACCUCCAUGGCUCUGGCCAAACCCUCAGGAUUUCCCAGGUGCAGUUGGCAGAUUCGGGCAUUUUUACCUGUGUGGCUGCAAGUCCAGCUGGCGUGGCUGACAGGAACUUCACCCUGCAGGUGCACGUGCCCCCUGUCCUGGAGCCAGUGGAGUUCCAGAAAGACGUGGUAGUGGUCCGUGGCUCCUCAGUGGUCCUCCCCUGUGAGGCCCGGGGCAGCCCUCUGCCCCUCGUGUCAUGGAUGAAGGAUGGGGAGCCCUUAUUUCCUCAGAGCGUGGAGCAGGGGCCUGGCCUACAGCUGGAGACCGUGAAGCCCAGUGACUCAGGGACCUAUUCCUGUGUGGCCACAAGCAAGACAGGGGAAGCCAAGAGGCAUUUCCAGCUGACAGUGAUGGAUCCUCCCCACAUCGAGGACUCCGGCCAGACAGCAGAACUGUGGCUGACCCCUGGCGCCCCCUUGGAGCUCCUCUGUGAUGCCCAGGGCAGCCCUCCACCCAACAUCACCUGGUAUAAAGACGGGCAGACCCUGAGCCGGUCAGAGAACAGCAACAGGGCCAACCGGGUGCUGCGGGUGGGCGAUGCUGGGCUAUACACUUGCCUGGCCAAGAGCUCUGCUGGCGAAGUCGAGAAGAACUUCCGAGUCAGAGUUCAAGCCCCUCCAAGUGUUGUUGGAGCCCGUGGUUCCCGCUCUGUGGUUGGCCUGGCCCCGGGGCAGCUGGUCCUAGAAUGCUCAGUGGAGGCAGAGCCAGCACCUGAGAUUGAGUGGCACCGAGAUGGAAUCCUGAUGCAGGCAGAUGCCCACACACAGUUCCUUGAGCAGGGCAGGUUCCUCAGGCUGCAGGGCCUGAGCACAGCCGACAGUGGUGACUACAGCUGCACAGCACGCAACCCUGCAGGCAGCACCAGUGUAGCCUUCCACGUGGACAUCCACACAACACCCACCAUCCAGCCGGGGCCACCCACAGUGAACGCCUCAGCAAACCAGACUGCCUUGCUGGUCUGCCAAGCCAAUGGGGUGCCCCAGCCUCUGGUGAGCUGGCUGAAGGACGGGGCUCCUCUGGAUCCUCAGAACCCAAGAUUGGAGGUUUUACCUAAAGGUUCCCUGAGGAUCCAGCCAGUCCUGGCCCAAGAUGCUGGCCACUACCUCUGCAUGGCAUCCAACUCCGCAGGCUCUGAUCGGCAAGGCCUAGAUCUCCAGGUUUUCGAACCUCCUGCCAUCGCCCCUGGCCCCUCCAAUCUGACCCUGACUGCCCACACCCGCACCUCACUGCCUUGUGAGACCAGCGGCUUCCCCAAGCCUCUCGCGGUCUGGUGGAAGAAUGGACAGAAGUUGGACUUCCGCCUGCAGCAGGACACUUACUGGCUCCUGCCCUCCAACGCCCUACUCCUCGAAGACCCCAGCCCCCAGGACUCAGGCCAGUUUGAGUGUGUGGUGAGCAACGAGAUGGGUGAGGCCCGCAGGCUCUACUGGGUGACUGUUCACGUGCCUCCCACCAUUGCCGACGACCAGACGGACUUCACUGUGACCAAGAUGGCACCCGUGGUCCUCACAUGCCACAGCACAGGCACCCCAGCCCCAGUUGUGUCCUGGAGCAAGGCGGGCACCCAGCUGGGGGCGCGGGGGAGUGGUUACCGUGUCUCACCUUCAGGUGCCCUGGAGAUAGGACAGGCCCUUCCUAUCCAUGCUGGCCGCUACACCUGCACAGCCCGAAACUCUGCUGGUAUGGCCCACAAGCAUGUGGUCCUCACUGUGCAAGCCUCCCCUGUGGUGAAGCCACUGCCCAGCACAGUUCAGGUGGUGGAGGGGGAGGAGGCAGCGCUGCCUUGUGAAGCCUCAGGCAUCCCCCGGCCAAACAUCAUCUGGCAGAAGGAGGGGCUCAGCAUCCCUGCAGGAGCAAGCACCCAGAUCUUCCCCAGCGGACAACUUCGGAUUCUCCAUGCCAGCAAAGAGGAUGCUGGGAACUACAUCUGCAUUGCCCAGAACAGUGCAGGCAGCGCCAUGGGGAAGACUCGGCUGGUGGUACAAGUCCCACCCAUAAUCGAGAGUGGCCUCGCAGACCUGUCCACCACUGAAGGCUCCCACGCCUUCUUGCCUUGCACGGCCAGGGGCAGUCCUGAGCCCGACAUCACCUGGGAAAAAGAUGGCCAACCUGUGUUUGGAACUGAGGGCAAGUUCACCAUUCAGCCUUCUGGGGAGCUGCUAGUGAAGAACUCAGAGAGUCAGGACGCUGGUACCUACACCUGCACAGCUCAGAAUGCUGUGGGCCGUGCCCGCCGCCGUGUGCACCUGACCAUCCUGGCACUGCCUGUGUUCACCACCCUGCCCGGGGACCGCAGCCUGCGCCUGGGAGAGAGACUGUGGCUUCGAUGUGCAGCCCGCGGCAGUCCCACCCCUCGGAUUGGCUGGACCGUCAAUGACAGGCUGGUCACAGAGGGGGUGUCAGAACAGGAUGGUGGGAGCACGCUGCAGCGGCUGGCAGUCACUAGAGAGGACAGCGGGAUCUACAUCUGCUGGGCAGAGAACCGAGUGGGCCGUGUGCAGGCGGUCAGCUUCGUCCACGUGAAGGAGGCUCCAGUCUUACAAGGGAAGGCCUUCUCCUACCUGGUGGAACCUGUGGGGACCAGCAUCCAGCUGGACUGUAUGGUCCAUGGAGACCCAGUGCCCAACAUCCGUUGGAACAAGGAUGACCUUCCACUGCGGGGCAGCCUUCUCCGGCACCAGCUGCAAAAUGGCUCACUGACCAUCCAAAGGACUGAGAUGGACGAUGCUGGAAGGUACCAGUGCCUGGCGGAGAACGAGAUAGGUGCAGUGGAGAAAGUGGUGAUCCUCGUACUUCAGAGUGCCCCAGUGUUCCAGGUAGAGCCCCAGGACAUGGCAGUGAGAUCUGGGGAGGACGUGGCCCUGCAGUGCCAGGCCACUGGAGAGCCAGUGCCCACAGUGGAGUGGUUGAGGGCAGGCCAGCCCUUGCGGGCCAGCCGGCGGCUCCGGACCCUGCCAGAUGGGAGCCUGUGGCUGGAGCGCGUGGAGGCCAAGGAUGCUGGUGUAUAUGAGUGCGUCGCUCACAAUCUCUUGGGGUCUGCCACAGCCCAGGCGUUCUUGGCUGUAAGAGUGGAGCCCAAGGGGAGCCGGGGCAGCAUGAGCGGAGUGAUCAAUGGCCAGGAAUUUGGUGAGGCCAUUCUCAACACCAGUGUGCAACAGGAGACACGUUCUGGGACCACCACUAUCCGGAGCAGCAUCAGCCACAUCCCUGCAAAUGUGGGACCACUAAUGCGCAUACUCAUCGUUGCCAUUGCCCCCAUCUACUGGACCCUGACUGCAGAGAAUGGAGAGGCCCUGAACGGGCACUCCCUGACAGGUGGCAACUUCCAGCAGGAGUCGCACGUGGAGUUUGCUACAGGGGAGCAGCUCACAAUGACCCAGGUGGCUCAGGGCGUGGGUCCCGAUGGCCUCCUCCUCCUCAACAUGAUGGUCAAUGGCAUCAUCCCCGAGAGCCUGGCUGACGCAGACCUCCAAGUGCAGGACUUCCAGGAGCGGUAUGUGCAGACGGGGCCUGGGCAGCUGUUUGUGGGCUCUACACAGCACUUCCUGCAGGAUGGCCAGCCUACAUUCCUUCACUGCAACCACAGCAUCCAGUAUGACACUGCCCAGGCACCCCGACCCCAGCUGGUCCAGCACCUGCGGGCCUCCACUGUGAGCUCAGCCUUUGACCCUGAGGCUGAGGCCCUGCGCUUCCAGCUGACCACAGCCUUGCAAGUUGAGGAAAAUGAAGUUGGUUGCCCAGAGGGCUUUGAACUUGAUGCCCAGGGAGCAUUUUGUGUAGACAAGGACGAGUGCUCCGGUGGCCCCAGCCCCUGCUCCCACUCCUGUCACAAUGCACCUGGCCGCUUUUCCUGUUCCUGCCCAGCCGGCUUCACCUUAGCCUGGGAUAACAGGGACUGCAGAGAUGUGGAUGAAUGUGCCUGGGAUGCCCACCUCUGCCCAGAGGGGCAACGCUGUGUGAACCUGCUCGGGUCCUACCACUGUCUCCCUUCCUGUGGGCCUGGCUUCCGGGUGGCUGCUGAUGGAGCUGGCUGUGAAGAUGUGGAUGAGUGUCUGGAACAAUUGGACGAGUGCCGCUACAACCAGAUCUGUGAGAACACCCACGGCGGGCAUCGCUGCAGCUGCCCCAAGGGGUACCGGAGCCAGGGCCUACGUCUGCCCUGCCUAGAUAUCAAUGAGUGCCUGCAACUGCCCAGGGCCUGCGCCUUCCAGUGCCACAACCUCCAGGGCAGCUAUCGCUGCCUGUGCCCACCAGGGCAGACCCUCCUCCGAGAUGGCAAGACCUGCAUUUCACGGGAACGGGGUGGACAGAAUGUGACCACUGUCAGCCACCGGGGCCCGUUUGUACCCUGGCUGCGGUCCCGAGCCCCCAUUCACAGUGGUUCCUACCAAACCUGGGUCUCCCUCCGGCCAGGUCCUAUAACCCUGAGUAGCAUGGGUCGGGCCUGGUGUCCUCCUGGCUUCAUCAGGCAGAAUGGUGUUUGCACAGACCUUGAUGAGUGUCAGGUGGGGAACCUGUGCCAACAUGCCUGCCAGAACACAGAAGGCAGUUACCAGUGCCUCUGUCCUGCCGGCUACCGCCUCCUCCCUAGAGGGAGAAACUGCCAGGACAUCAAUGAGUGCGAGGAGGAUGGCAUUGAGUGUGGGCCCAGCCAGAUGUGCUUCAACACCCGUGGCAGUUACCAGUGUGUGGACACGCCAUGUCCUGCCACCUACCGGCAGGGCUCCAGCCCAGGGACUUGCUUCCGACGCUGCUCUCAAGACUGCAGCACGGGUAGCCCCUCCACGCUGCAGUACAGGCUGCUGCCGCUGCCCUUGGGCAUACGUGCCCACCAUGACGUGGCUCGCCUUGCCGCAUUUUCCGAGGCUGGUGUCCCAGUCAACCGGACUGAGCUCAGCGUGCUGGAGCCGGAUCCUCGCAGCCCGUUCGCACUGCGCCCGCUGCGCGCUGGCCACGGCGCCAUCUACACCCGCCGCCCGCUCACCCGCGCUGGCCUCUACCGGCUCACAGUGCGCGCUGUGGCGCCGCGUCACCAAAGCGUCUUUGUCCUGCUCAUCGCCGUGUCUCCUUACCCCUACUAA